UGAAAGGAAAAUGGAGUCUUGUUUAGUAGUGAAACAGUCGUUCUGAAUUCAAGGCUUGUUUUGUGUUGUUUCUUCGUAGUAAUGACAUAAAUAAUCUUCUUAGAUAUAGCAUAGACAUUAAUUAGUUUUACUGAUGGGUUAUACUGGCAUUAAAGUGCCAAGCAUCGUUUAUGAUGUGCACUGCAGUUAGUGGUUCCCCAAGAUUGCUUCAGUCGUCCUGUAAAUCCUACGAUUAUUUGCUGAAAUUUCUGCUAGUGGGUGACAGCGACGUGGGUAAAGAGGAACUGUUGUCAGGAUUAGAUAACGGGGCGACAGAAUCACCUUAUGGUUAUUCUAGUUCAGGUAUAGAUUAUAAAACUACAACCAUAUUAUUAGACGGUAAACGUGUCAAAUUACAAUUAUGGGACACAUCCGGACAAGGAAGAUUUUGUACAAUUUUACGGUCUUAUUCUAGGGGUGCACAGGGUAUAUUAUUGGUGUAUGAUAUCACUAGUAAAUGGUCUUUUGAUGGGAUUGAUAGAUGGAUUAAAGAAAUAAAUGAGCAUGCUCCAGGAGUGCCCAAGAUCUUGGUUGGAAACCGCCUUCAUUUAGCCUUUAAUCGACAAGUUAGUGUAUUAGCCGCAGAAACUUACGCGAUCAAAAAUGACAUGGCUUUCUUUGAAGUCAGUCCACUUUGUGAUUUUAAUGUCACAGAAUCAUUUGCUGAAUUAUCUCGUUUAGCUUUAAAGAGAAAUGGUAUGACCCGUUCCUGGGGGCCUAAUAAAGUGCUUAGUUUACAAGAAUUUGCAUGUAGGACAAUAGUGUCUAGAACAACCAUAUAUGGUAUAGAUCAACUGCCGUUACCACCUGCAUUAAAAUCCCACCUAAAAUCCUACGCACAUACAAAUAAAUCAAGAGUAAGAAUGCUCAGUUUUGUGAAUAGAGACAAACAGAAAAAAGUGAAAUAUUUGAACCCAUGUGAUUCUCCACCAAUGAACUGUCGUAAAAGUUGUUGUAUCAGCUAACAUACCAUCCACAUGUGUUGUCAUGUAUCAUAUCCUCAUAUCUCACUGUCUCAUUUCUCUUAAUCACAGUUAUUUGCCCCUGGAUAUUACAUUGUGAAUAGUGUAAAUGAUGCGUAAGUAAGAAAAGUUGAAAAUGGAUAAUGACUUUAUUUAUCGGCCCAGAGACAAGAAUUUGAAGAAAAGGAACAAAAGAUAUGUUUAAGUAAUAAUAAUCUCCUGAAUUCAAAACAUUUGCAGAUAAAGAUAUUAAAACAACUGUUUAAAGUCACUGAUUGUCAUUUGAGGUAUUGUUAAUUCCCAGCAUACCAGUUCAAAAAUGGUUCAGUUCCAUUCAGUUUUUAUAAAGACAUGAUGAAUUAAAAGCUUUGCAACUUUCAGCAUCCUCUGCAGGUGAUACAAACAAUCCAGUGCCACCUAUUUUUGUUUCGAUUGAAUCCAAGCAGAAAGUUCAUAUCUACCAUUGAUAUUUUGGUUUUGUUUUCGUAAUUAAAUGUUAGAUAACGAAUUUGAGAACAUUUUACUGUUGACUGAGCCAUGAAAAUUUGAUUUUGUCCGAAAAUUUAAAUGACGAUCAGCAGCUUUGAGUUAUAAUUUCCUAAUUACAGAACUUAGAAUUAUGUUUAAAUCUUAAUCGGAAAUUAAUUAGUAAACUAUGAUAAGAAUUCUUAAUGUAGUUUAUUGAAAUGUUUUCUUAUCAUGAUUAUACUAUAGUUCUAUUUCUGAUAAAAAGAUAUGAUAUAUAAAACUUUCAAUGGAUUCAUAAUUGUCAAAUUCUGAGAAGAAUAGGGUCAAGUUAUAAUACACUAGAACAAAAUGUCUGUCAAAUUGGUCAAAGCAUUGACUAUUAUCAUUAUUACAUCAUAUUGGACUUUUCUCAAUAUAUAAAGGUCGCAAACAAAUGUAAUAAAUAAGAACGAGUCUCAAAUAUAGAUACAGAAAUAUCAGUCUAGAUAGUAAAACCUAUAAGUUGCAUUGCAAUAAUUUCCCUUUCCUGGAGUAACCCAGGCUGGGUUCCGUACACAUGUGCAUGUUCAAUAGAUGUAUAGUAAAAUGAUUAAUUUAUGUGUAAGUGUGUCUUCCGUACGUUUUGUGAAACAGGACCCAGUUUUAUUACAUGUUAUUUCUGUUCAUGGCUAAUUACAGCUUAAUUGAUUGAUAUUUAGUACACUAUUUUAAAUAUUUUUCAUAGUAGAGUUCAGUGAAAAUUCAGUUUUUCAGAAUUUCACCUCAAACUGUUGUCUGGGAAUACACAAAUCACUUGGCGCUCAAAGUGAUAAAUUUUUAGACAAUUUUAUCCUUGUGGAAAUCAAAUCAAUUUUACGCUCACACUUUUUCUCCCAAACAAUGUAUUUCGAGCAAAAAAUAUCCAUCUCAUGGAAAUUAGGGUUAUGGACCUUUUUGUGUUCAUAUGGACUAUGGAAAUAAAUCAAGCUGUGUCAAGUCGUGUAGUAAUAAUAGGUACAUGUAUGUGAGAGACGGUAGCAAAAUUGCCACACUUGCGUCUAAACGAAUAACCCACAGAUAGAUCUGGACCCACCUGCCCAUUAGGACUGACGGGAUGAGAAAAUUUUGACAUAUUAAAUAACUGAUAAUUAAUGUACCAUUUUCUCUCUGUGGUGUCGUCUAACCCACCCACCCAGUUCAGUGGAUUAUUCGCUUGGACUCCAGUGUUGAAGUACAUGUACAUUGAAAUAAGUUAUAAUAAACUAAACACAUGUUAUCAUGAUGUAAAUAUGUAGAGAAUACUUUUAUGGUCACAAGUUGUUACAUGGCUAAUUAUCAUAAAUAAACCUGUUGUUGAAUGUAGUCAAAUAAUAUAUAAAUGCAAAUGGUGAUGAGCGGCUUCAAUAAAGACCAUUGUAAAUAAACCUCUUCGCAGCCAAAUUUGAUUAAAUCUCUACAUUAUUUAUCUUCUCUACCCAUUUAAGAAAUUAUCAGCUGUCACAGAAUGAUUCAAUGAUUGUUUUAUAUUUCUGUGUAUUAAAUCAUGUACGUACAGUACAUAGUAUAAUUCAUUUCAAAUCUCAGUUAUAAGCUCAAUAGAAUCUGAACUGUAUUGUAAGUAUGUUUAAUACAACCUCAUUUUAUAUGCUUCAUGAUAGAUGGGUAGGCCAGUCGUUUUGAGGAUCAAUAAUUUUUCUGUCAAGAAUCAACUAAUAUAUAACUAAAAUUAAAAUUUCCAUUAUCGGUAAUAAAAGGAGAUGUAACUAUAUGGGCGAAAAAGAAGAAACAUAUUUCAAUAAUAAAUAGAAAGAUCCUUGCUAUCAGUCAUCUGAUAAUGAACGUUAUAUGGGGUUUGUAGAAUGUGUGUGUACAUAAUUUGAUCACAUUGUGUAAUAUAUAUAUAUAUAUAUAUUGUAUUAUAUUGUAAAUAUUAUGUAUAUUGUUUACUUAUCUUAGAUAAUUAUUUCUAUAUUUCUGUAUUAUAUCAUCUCAAUGGUUGUGUCAAAAUAACCGUGCCACAGAAAAUCAUGUUCUGAAUAACUUGAAAUACAAAAAAUAUUUUCUUAUAAUAUUUAAAGCUGGUAAUAUAUCUUAUUAUAUAUUCUAUUAUCAGUCAAAUAAUGGUUUCACAGGAGUAAGGUGAUAGUGAUGUCAAAGGAGAGGUAUAGGAUCACAUUUGUCCCUUCAACUUUAGCUCCAAUCUUGUCAAUCUUUCAUACUAUUGGCAUUGUGUUUAAAUAUAAAACAUUUCAAAAGUAUAUAAUAGAUCACAUUUUAAGUGAAAUUUCUUCAUUUUUUGAAUAUUUCUGGGUCCAUUUUAUAUAGAAAUGGCAUAGUUAAUAAUAUUAACUUAAUAUAUUGUUUGCACUCUUUAAAAUAAUAUCACUUCUAUGAAAUUUAAUUGUCUUUCUUAUAAAGUUUAAAGUGUUUGAUGUAAAAAAAAAAAAUAGAUUUUCAUUAUUUUGUAUAUUUGUAUAAAUUAAAGAGAUGUUUCUAGUCAGUAAGAAAUAAAGCAUACAGCAUUGUUGGUUUCCUGUUAAUUAAAGCUUAAAAUCUAGUGGCAAGACCUUUGGAUGGUAAGUAAAAUCAAGGUCACAUGUACAUGUUGGCUUGCAUGUAAAAGAACCCUUGACAGUUAGGCCCUAGCGCCUCUGGCAUGACAAAAUUUCGCUCAUAUCACACUACAUGGUGUAUGUCUGUCUUCAUUAGUCCAGUUGCUGCAGAACAGUAGGACGUUAAACCCCAUUUUAUUUCAAAAAAGCAAACGUGUUGCAAGUUAAAAUCUGUUGCUCUCUUUAGUGAAUGUUUAAUAGUAAAUUACCUGGUGUAUGUGGUAUGAUUUAGUUACUAGUUAUAUUCAUUAGUGUGAUAUAUUAAUUCAUUUGUGUUGAUUAAAUAUUGUAAAAUUAUUGUAUAUCUGAAUAUAGAGUUAGAGACCGUUGCAAAAUUUCAACCUUGCAUCCAAACGGAUAACCCAUGGAUAUAUCUCAACACACCCAUCCAUCCAUCUGCAGUGUCGUUCAACCCAGUUCCAGGGGUAAUUCGUUUGGAUGUAAGUGUUGAAAUUUUUCGAUGGUUCCUUAGGAGUAUUUUUGUAUAAUACACUGAAAUAUUGUAUGUACAUUACUAAUAGCCUCAAAAAAGUUCUUUAUGACAGAUUUGGUCAGGGAGGUAGAAUUUAAAAUUUUAUAGACCAUUCUUUUAAUCACCACCUUCUGCAGAGGGAUGAAAGGGUGAUUCCUUCAUUUAUACUCCUAGAAUUUGUGCUUUCUGAUUUUAUUAAAUUACUAUUUUGUUAAAUUGAGAGAAAUUAUUUACAUCCUAGUAUUAUGAAAGGAAUUGGAAAUAUAAGUUGAGUAGUAUAAAUUGACUGUUUCGACAAAUUUUGACAACCUAGUUUAGAAGUAUUUACCAUUACAUGUUUAUUUUGAUAGAUGUCGUCAAUGUAGGGUACAAAAUGCACAGCUCUCUCUCAAAAUGUGAUAAAUGCCAUCCGAUACUUCCUUAUUUCAAACCCAUUUCCAGUAUACCCAUUUCACAUAGUUAAACUUGUAUUUAUUUAAAAAAAAAACAAAUGAAGUAUCAUUUUACCCCUAAAUGGUAUUGUUUUUAUAACAAUUUGGAGAAGAGCUCUACAAAUACAGAGUGCUUUGAAAGGACAGAAAGAGUAUAGUUUGUGUUCAUUUAAUAGUACAACAUGCUCAAUCUAUCUCAGCUGUGUCUUAAUUAUACAUAUCUCUUGUCUUCCUAUCUCCACUUUUCUAUAUUAUUAAGGCCCAAGUAAAAUGUAACAGUCAUAAAAUAACCUAUUGAAUAUUAAUUAUAAAUGCAUGUACAAAUGCAUGUAUCUUAUUCGGAAAAAAUGUUCAUUUAACUAAUAUAUUUUGAAUGCUGGCAAAGAGCAUCCUAAAAAUGUUUAUAUUAUUAUCUAGAUUUGUGAUUUUGUGCUAAGAAAACUUUUAUUCGAUUAAUUAACUUAUGAUUGUUUUUUCUUGUAUAUAUAUUGUGGUUGAACAAUAAUUACUGUAACUAAAGUAAUACUACUUUUACUUUAUUCAAUAUUUGUUUGUAAUAUAAUAUAGAGCAAAUAAAGAUGGCUCAAUCA